GUUAAAAAAAAUCUGCAACCUUCCCUUUUCAAUUGCACUCAAUACAGUCAAUACACUAUCCACUCUAUCAAAUGGCGCCGAACCCCUUCUCAUUUUCCUCCUCCUCUUCCCUUGCUCCCUUUCCUAUACCUACCCGAAAACCAUAUGUAUUCAGUGUUCGAUUCUGCAAACCAGAUGCCAUCACUUGCACAAACUCGUGGGCCGAACCCGAGGGAUCCGGAGCUGCGGCUCCGACAAGAGGAGACGAGUUCAUCCGUCGCCAGCAUUCCGCGGCAGCUGUGAAAGCCGCGCCGAAGAAAAAAAAGCAGAAGCACGAAAAUGUCAUGAAAUUCUCGACUUUGGCUCCGAGCUGUUAUGGGUGCGGAGCUCCAUUACAAACGUCCGAAAUCGAUGUUCCGGGAUACGUUGACAAGGAAACUUAUGACUUGAAGAAGAAACAUCGUCAACUUAGAACAGUCCUUUGCGGAAGGUGCCGCCUAUUAUCUCAUGGACACAUUAUUACUGCGGUUGGUGGAAAUGGAGGUUAUUCUGCUGGGAAGCAGUUCGUUUCAGCAGAAGAGCUUAGGGAAAAGUUAUCUCAUUUGCGGCAUGAGAAAGCAUUGAUUGUGAAAUUGGUUGAUGUUGUAGAUUUCAAUGGAAGCUUCUUGGCCCAUGUCAGAGAUCUUGCUGGUGCAAAUCCAAUCAUAUUAGUUGUGACUAAGGUGGAUCUUCUUCCAAAAGAAACAGACCUUAAUUGUAUUGGUGAUUGGGUUGUUGAGGCAACAACGAAAAAGAAGCUGAAUGUUCUGAGUGUUUAUUUAACAAGUUCAAAGUCUUUGGUUGGCAUAUGUGGAGUGGUGUCAGAAAUCCAAAAACAGAAGAAGCGAUGGGACACAAAUGGCGCCGCUACAUGCUCGUUAGCAGGGUAUUUUGUUGGAAGCAUGAUUCCAACAACAUGUCAGGAAGACAGGAACAAAGAAGUAGCGUGAGCGCCUUUCUCGCCGUUGGUUACUAAGGGCAGAGACGUUUAUGUCCUGGGUUCAGCUAAUGUUGGAAAAUCUGCGUUCAUCAAUGCUCUGUUAAAGAUGAUGUCAUACAAGGACCCAGUGGCUGCUGCUGCAAGGAGAUACAGACCAAUUCAAUCUGCUGUUCCUGGAACAACUUUGGGUCCAAUACAGAUUGAUGCUUUCUUAGGAGCAGGUAAAAUGUACGAUACUCCUGGAGUCCAUCUCCAUCACAGACAAGCUGCAGUGGUUCAUUCAGAAGAUCUGCCUGCUCUUGCUCCUCGAAGUCGGCUUCGUGCCCGAGUUUUCCCGGACUCGCAGUUGGCUUUAGACAAACUGAUCGCUGAUCAAGUUAGAUCAAAUGGUUUGACUGGAUUCUCUAUGUUUUGGGGAGGUCUUGUGCGAGUAGACGUUUUGAAGGCUCUUCCUGAGACACGGUUAAUGUUUUAUGGACCCAAGGCUGUGCAAAUUCACAUGGUGCCUACUGAGGAAGCAGAUGAGUUUUACCAUGUAAUGUUGAACUCUUUUGGCCUUGACUGUUGAAAUUGAUGCGAACUGUUGUGUGCCUGGGUUUGGGAUCGCGUCACGGGACCGGAAUAGGAGACAGAAGGUUGCUUGGAGGUCUGAUUGACGGUGUUGCUUGCUGGCAUAUAUAUGCUGCAGCCUGCAGUCGUGUAGUGUGAAUAUCGUGUGGAAUGGUAGAGAACUUGGAAAUCUACUAACACCCCCUACAGGAAAAGAGAAGGCAGAUGGCUGGCUGGGACUAGAAACAAAACGUCACAUCCAAUUGAAGUUUGACAAUAUAGAAAGACCUGCGUGUGAUGUAGCCAUAUCUGGUCUGGGAUGGAUUUCUGUUGAACCUGUUGGCAUUACGCUCAAAUCAUCUAAUAGUCAAAUUGUAGAAGAGACUUUUGGGGAGUUAAUUUUGGUUGUUCAUGUUCCUAAGCCAGUUGAGAUAUUUGUUCGGCCACCAAUGCCGGUAGGGAAAGCAGGAGCAGAAUGGUACGAGUAUAGGGAGCUAACAGAGACUGAAGCUGAAGUCAGGCCUAAAUGGUUCUUCUGACCAAGAUCACAUUUGCUCGUGGAGAUUUACCAUGUCAGUGGGUUUUCUAUUUUUUUUCUCUUUUUGCUUUUUCUUUCUUUCUGAUUUGUUUCUUUGGGAGGUGGGUUACGGGUAAAGCUGUGAAAAUGAGGACUCUCUUGUAUCCUAUACUGUUUUGAAAUUUGCGUUCAUAUUUGAAUUUUUGUGCAUAUAAUCAAGCUAGGUUCAACUUGCUCAUCUUGGUAAUCGAAGGCCAGAAAAAAGAAUGUUGCAAUUGUUCCACUUUUGUUGUUUUCCAAAAUAGAAGCAAUUAAGAAUUUAGU